AUGACACUUAUCAAAAUACAAUCUCAACAUGUUCUAGAAGCAUUAGAUCUAGGGGAAAUUGAAAGUGUGCAAGGUUUAAACCAAGAACUUGGUUUAGGUAGGCCUGGUGAUACUAGGUGGGGGUCACACUACAAAACUGUUUCAAAUGUUACCUCAUUAUAUGCUACUAUUGUCAAAGUUCUCGAGAAGGUUGGAUCAAAUAAGCUUUAUAAGGAUGAUCAUGUAAAGGCUAUCACUGUUAUGUCUACAUUUGAAUCCUUUGAGUUUGUUUUCAUGAUACAUUUGAUGUCUGAAAUAUUUGGGCAAACUGAUAAAUUGUGUCAAGCUUUGCAAAGAGGAGACCAAGAUAUUGUUAAUGCCUUGUCAUUUGUUACGUUGACUAAGGAACAAUUGCAACAAAUGAGGGACCAUGGGUGGGAAGAAUUUUUGCAUCUUGUGCUUUCUUUUUGUGCUAAACAUAAUGUGGAAGCUCCUAAUAUGGAUGAUAUGUAUGUUCCUCGUGGAAGAUCAAAACGCUUCUUUGCCAAAGUGACAAAUCUUCAUCGUUUUCGGGUAGAAAUGUAUUUAAGUGUCAUUGAUUUACAACUCCAAGAGCUCAAUAAUAGAUUUGAUGAGAAAAAUAUGGAGUUGCUUAUUUGUAUGUCAUGCUUAAAUCCGGUAAAUUCAUUUGCGGCAUUUGAUAAGCAAAAGUUGAUGAGACUUGCCGAGUUAUAUCCCGAAGAGUUUCCAACUAAUGACAUGACAAUGACUGCUCUUCGUCAUGAACUUGGUUUCUAUAUUAAUGACAUGCGUACAGAUGCAAGGUUUGGAGACUUGAAGGGUAUUAAUGAGCUUUCUAUGAUGCUUGUUGAAACAAAUAAGCAUACUUCUUACAAAUUAGUUUACUUGUUGAUAAGACUAGCAUUGAUCCUUCCGGUGGCGACUGCAAGCGUGGAACGAGUGUUUUCAUCAAUGACUUAUGUAAAAAAUAAGUUGCGGAAUAGUAUGGGUGAUCAACUAUUGAAUGAUAGUUUAGUUACUUAUCUUGAGAGAGACUUAUUUGCAAGAGUUAGUGAUGAUGAUGUAUUAGCACGCUUUCAAAGUAUGAAAACUCGAAGAAUGCUUUUGUAG